AUUUUUGUUUAAGCCAUAUAAAAUUGCGAUUCGAAGCUGUCCUAUCGUGAUUAUGCUUAACGUGCGGGCUUUACAAACACGAAAUCUGGAGAUUUUUAAAGUCAAACACGGGCAAAAAUGACUCGCGAUAAUUCUUCUGAUGCGAAUUAUUCUGUCGUCCAGAUGCUGCAUAAUACCACCGCAUUAAACAACGCAAGCUGCGAUAAUAAUUAUGGAAGGAUGACCUUUUCCGCUAUAGCAAUGGCAUUGACCCUCCUGACAAACGGCCUUGUCCUUAUGACCUUUCUUACUCACCGCGAGCUACGCUCACCGUUUGCUCUGUACGUGAUGAAUCUGUUAUCCAGCAAUUUGUACCUGGCGAUUGCCGAUCCAAUGCGAAUUAUCGACAGCAUCAGCACCGACUGGUAUCCCAAAACAACAGCCUGCUACUUUCAAAUUAUUAACGACUGGAUUGGUAGCGCCAUCCUCGGACAUGCGCAUCUGCUGAUCACAUUAAACCGCGUCUGGGCCAUCGUCUUUCCCAUUUCGUAUAAACAGCAGCAUACUAAAACUAUGGCGAAAUGCAUUUGUAUCGGAUGCGCUGUAUACUGCCAUUUAGUAAUUUUGCCUAUUAUUAUAAUCGACUUUGCAUACUAUCGCGGUCCGACACUUAACGUCACCUCCUGCGAUAUUGACACGGGAUCACAGAAAAUGUAUUCAGAUUUUUUGCUACGUGGAUUUUUUCAAGUGCCCUUUUUCAUCAUUCUGGGAGCCUACCCGCUGCUAUUCUGGAAGCGACACUCAACGCAGAAGGUCAGUGCGAGGCUCUUCAAUCCCAAUAUAAUCCUUGGCGGCGCAUCGGAGAAGGUGACCUUGCCUCAUGUACCGCAGGCGGGCAGCACACGACACAGAGAGGGGGUUAAGCGACCGUUCUACGUUCUAACGGCCAUGACGUUGAGCGUGCUGAUUUGCUGGGGACCCACCAAAGUGACCAACAUCAUACAGACGGUGCUGGGCAGUGAUUCGAAUGUUUAUGAAGAGUUGCGGAAGACUGGACAAAUUAUGUAUGAAAUUCAGUGCUUUAUCGAUCCCAUCGUGUUCACGUUGGUUUUGUCCGAUUUACGCGUGGUCGUUGGCAACAUCUGUGGACAACUAUUUUGUAAAAGACAACUGUAUACGCGGCGAUGUUCCAGGCAUUAGACGCCUUUGCGGAAUAUGCCAUACUCGUAUAUAACGCUACGCGACAAUUAUUGCUAUGGAAGCGCCGGAAUGAAACUUGAUAUGAAGAGAAUAAUUGUUACCAGAUAUAAAGGGAGUACUUCUUAUCCACCAGUUUCCUACAAAGUUUUGAAUGGAAACACGUCAUAGUUUUCACUUGACGACUGCAGAAGCGUUACCCCGAUUAAUGUUUGUAUACCACUGGACGGCAGCGUUAAACCAUUAGAAUUUUGUCGGUGAUUUAGU